AUGAAAGCUUUUAAGAACGAAAUUAUCUCCUGUAUUUGGCCUCGACUGGCAUAUAGCGGUUUCGUGAUCGCUCAGCCAUAUCUGAUCCGUCGAGCAGUUACUCUGUUUGCCCUUCCCCAUGGGAAGAAUUCCCACGAUCGUGGAGUACUUCUCAUCCUGGCAUUUUUACUCGUAUACGGUGGCAUGGGAAUCUCCCUGGCCAUUUCAAAGCACAAAGCAGCUCGCCUAAUAGCUAUGAUGCGCAGCUCCCUGACCAUGAUGAUAUACGACAAGACAAUGCGUUUACCGGCCUCGUAUGGUCAAGAUAAGGUACUCACUACUAUUGGCACGGAUAUUGAGCGCAUGGCUUUAGGUCUCUACACCUAUUACGAGUGCUGGGCCGCGCCCAUCGAAUUGGGCCUUUUUUUCUGGAUGAUUUACAGAGAGCUCUAUGAAACCAGCAUAGCCGCGAUGCUUCUAUCUGCUUUUGCCGUUGUCGGUGUGGUUUUGCUGGCUCCAUAUGCUGUCAAGAAGCAGACCUUUUGGAUCAACGCAAUCCAAAAACGUGUCGCAGUUACAGCAGAGCUAAUUAAUGGAGCCAAGGGGGUGAAGAUGUCUGGGCUUACAGACCGGCUUCAUACAAUUAUGACUGGCCUUCGACUUGAGGAAAUUUCAAUAUCGAAGGACUAUCGUUCAGUUGUGACAAGCAUCUUUACGCUUGCAAACACACAUUCAAUUCUUACCCCAACAGUCUCCUUUGCUAUCUACAUGCUUGUUUCGCGGUCGAAACAUGGAGCCAUCGGGACUCUCGACAGCCCGCGCGCAUUCACUUGUCUAGCCAUGCUUGAGCUUUGCGGUGAAGCACUCUUAUCUUUACUCCAAGCUAUUUCAAAUGUUUCCUCGGCAGUCGGCUGCAUUGAUCAUAUUCAAGAGCUUCUGUGCGAGGAUGAACACCGCGAUCACCGCAUCAUCAAAUCGCAGCCGCUGCUGGCCGGAAUGCCCUGCAUAAUUGCUCAUGACUUGUCCGCGGGGUGGGAAGGGCCAAUUAUCCGAAAAGCCUCCUUCAUCAUCCCACGCAAUUCAUUGACGAUGCUGAUUGGGCCCGUUGGUUGUGGAAAAUCCACUCUUCUCAGGGCAAUUCUUGGGGAAACAACGCACAACAAAGGAUCCAUAAUCGUCAACACCGCAAAUAUUGCGUACUGUAGUCAAACUCCAUGGCUCGUGAAUGGAACGGUACGGGAAAACGUCCUCGGCUCAAGUGCCUACUGGGAUGACUGGUAUCGAAUGGUAAUUGAAGCUUGCUGCCUGCAGGUGGAUAUCGCGCAAUUGGUCAAUGGAGAUGAUACCAUCGUUGGAUCCAAGGGAUUAUCUCUCAGCGGAGGGCAAAAGCAGCGUUUGGCUCUUGCACGCGCUGUUUACUCUGGGCAUAGCUUGGUGAUUCUCGACGAUGUACUAACUGGAUCAGAUGCCGCUACAGAGGAUCAUAUAUUCGAACGGCUUCUAAGCCCUAAGAGCGACAGUGUCCGUGCCACAAUCAAAGUGCUGAUAAAUGUCCUAGCCCAACGCAUACAACACGCUGACCAUGUCAUCACUAUGGGGUCAGAUGGCUUUAUCAUUGCUCAAGACACUAACUCAAAUACCGGGGUAGGUCAUAAUCCAGGCAAGAAGUAUUCCAUGGACGUUGCCCCGGGUUUCAAAACAAAAGCUGGUCGCCAUAUCACGAUAACCAAUUUGAAUGCUGAGUCAACCUGUUCGAUGAACCCAGCCACAAACACUCCUGUAGACGACAGUUUGGGCGAUGACGCUCGUCAUUCCGGAGAUUUUGCAACUUACAAUUUCAAAAGCGAUCUAGAGCUGAUAGACUUUGAAUUGCCUCUGGUGGUCUUUAUCACCAUUGCCACAUCGAUGGAAUGUGUCGGGGCGAUCGCGGUGGUCAUUGUCAAUGUCCACUACAUGGCAGCUGUCAUUCCUAUCUCGAUAUUUAUCAUUGGGGCCGUGGAGAUAUUCUACUUGAGAACUUCCCGACAGCUUCGAAUUCUAGACCUCGAAGCAAAGGCACCAAUUUUGAGACACGCCAUGGAUACGGUAGGUGGUCUGGUGACAAUCCGAGCUUUUGGCUGGCAGAAUCAGUACAGAAACCUCGCCAACACAAAUCUGGAGGUAUCACAAAGGCCAUUCUAUUUGCUUAUGGUGGCACAGGUUUGGCUUGGGUUGGUAUUGGACUUUGUCAUGACCGGGUUCGCCGUCGUCCUCAUGGGAAUUGGUGUUGCCAAGCUAGGGAAUGUCUCGGCCGGCGAUAUGGGAUUGGCACUGACAAGCACCAUCAACAUCGGCAUUUGGAUGAAAACGCUGAUCAAGUUCUGGAUGAAUCUCGAGACGUCCCUUGGAGCUGUUGCACGGGUGAAGGACUUCGAGCAGAACCUGGAGUCUGAAGAUCUACCUGGCGAGCGUAAAAUACCGCCCGCUAUCUGGCCAGCCCAAGGAAAUAUUGAAUUCAGAGAGGUCACUGCAUCCUAUGGGGGGUCCUCCAACCAUGUUCUCCAGCAGGUCUCGUUUACUGCUCGACCAGGAGAGAAGAUCGCCAUUUGCGGUCGGACAGGUAGUGGUAAAAGUACACUUGUCGCAGCACUGUUCCAUAUGAUUGAUUUGUCGGGCGGCCAAAUCCUACUGGAUGGACUGGACAUCACAACAAUUUCCCGACAAAGACUGAGAGCAUCUCUGAACGGGCUACCCCAGGAUUCGUUUCUACUUAAUGGAUGGACUAUUCGUGAAAAUGUUGACUUUUUCACUUCCACCUCCGAUGAAACCAUCGUCUCUGCUCUGAAAGCGGUGCAUCUUUGGGACAUUGUCGAAGGGAAGGACGGUUUAGACACGGUCGUGCAUGAGAGCACCUUUUCUCACGGACAGAGACAGCUGGCCUGCCUUGCGCGAGCUCUUGUCCGACAUGGAAAUGUCUUGGUGCUGGAUGAAGCAACAAGCAGUGUCGAUGAAAGCACCGAGCAGCUAAUGCAGACAUUGAUUCGUUCACAUUUUUCCAGGCACACCAUUCUAGCGGUUACCCAUCGGCCUUCUACUAUUUUGGAUUUUGACCGUGUUCUUGUCAUGGAAGGGGGCCGGAUCGUUGAGAACGACCAUCCCCAGAAGCUUCUGAAGCGAGAAACCCGGUUUUCAAACUUUCUGAGGGUUUCCGACAAUGACGCGAUCUUAUAA